UCUGUCCUUCCCUCAGACCCUCCAAAUUCUGCGAGCCUCUGCAAAAAGCACGCACAGAGCGCUCGCUCGCUAGAGAGAGAGAGAGAGAGAGAGAGAGAGAGAGAGAGAGAGAGAAAGAGGAUGGGGAAGAAACGAAAGCACGCAGAGAGGACGGAGGAGAAGGAAGAGAAAGCGGAGGAGCAACGGCCCCAACGCACGCUUCUGGGUUGGAAGGACAAGAAACCCAAGGAAGAAGGCGAGGCUGGCAACGGCCACCGUCCUCCUGUCUUCAGGAAUCGAGAGAAAGUUCUUGUCACCUGUUCCAGAAGAAUCGUCUUCAGGUACCGGCAUUUGAUGCUGAAUGUGGUCUCGCUGUUGCCUCACUGUAAGAAGGACAACAAAGUCGAGUCGAAGGAAAGCAAAGGCGCGACGUUGAACGAGCUAGUCGAACUUAGAAACUGUUCCUACUGCUUCUUUUUCGAGUGCAGGAAGCAGAAAGAUCUCUAUCUUUGGAUGGCUAAGUGUCCUGAUGGUCCGUCAGUGAAGUUCUUGGUUAAUGCAGUACACACAAUGGAAGAAUUGAAGUUGACUGGCAAUCAUUUAAAAGGGUCAAGGCCAAUCUUGACUUUCUCAGAGAACUUUGAUGCAAAACCUCAUUGGCAGCUACUAAAAGAGAUGAUCACACAGAUUUUUGCAACCCCGAAAGAUCAUAAAAAAGCUAAACCAUUUCAUGACCAUGUAUUUGCUUUUUCAAUCGUUGAUGAUCAUAUAUGGUUCCGGAAUUAUCAGAUUUCUGUUCCACAUAGUGACGUUGAUAAAGUUGCCCAUGGUGGCUUAGACAAAAUGACACUUGUAGAGGUUGGACCGCGGUUUUGUUUAAACCCUAUUAGAAUAUUUAGUGGCAGCUUUGGAGGUCAGACACUUUAUCAGAAUCCAUACUAUGUAUCACCAAAUCAGAUCCGUGCCUUAGAGAAGAGGAAAAAGGGUGGGAAAUAUGCCAUGAAGAUAAAAGCAAAAACGAAAAGGAAGAUUCAUCAAAUGUCAAACCCAUUGGAGCGAGAUGAAUUUGCUGAUCUGUGGAAGGAGUAGUUAAUUCAUCCUGCUCUCCGUUCGGUUCGUAUUAACAACAAAUAGUGUCAGAAUGGAAGUCAUCUUUUUCUUGAGUUGUAGCUGUAUCAAUUUUGUUCAUCUUUGUUUUCCUUUCUCCUCCUCUUUCCAGUGGCUUUUAGGUUUGCAGGAAACUUGUGCAAAUGAUAUAUUUAUAAAAUUGUAGCAAAAAAUAGCAUUUUUAUUUGUUCACAUCAGCAGCCAGGCACUAGCUCUGGUCUCAUACUUGGGAGUCAAAUCUUGGCAGAAAAUGGCAUUUUUUUGACGGUUCA